AUGCCUAAUCUUUUUGCUGUUUUCUUGUCAGGUGAUAUGAAAGAUGACAUGGCUGACCUACAAGUGAAUGGGAACGCUGGUCAUUAUCCUCUGGAUGUAGAGGAGGUUGAAGAAGACUCUAGUGCGCAGCUUAACAUGCGUGGAGUUUUUCUGCAUGUUUUUGGAGAUGCCUUAGGUUCCGUAAUUGUGGUAUUGAAUGCCUUGCUUUUUUAUGGGUUGUGGAAUCCGUGCCCCAAAGAUGGGCCCUGCUUUAAUCCAUGCGUCAAUAAUCAUUGCAUGGAAAAUGCUACUUUAUCCCAAACGCUUGGCGGAGCAAACAAGUCCGAGCAAGAGAGCAUUACAGUGGCUGGUCCAUGCUGGUUGCUAUAUUUAGAUCCCAUCCUUUGUUUGAUCAUGGUUUGUAUACUCCUUUACACAACUUACCCAUUACUUAGGGAGUCAGCGCUUAUACUUCUGCAGACUGUUCCCAAACAAAUAGAUGUUCAUUCUUUGAACUCAAAAUUACGUACCCUUGAAGGAGUUGAAGCAGUCCAUGAGUUACACAUUUGGCAGCUAGCAGGCAGUAGGAUCAUUGGUACUGCUCACAUAAAGUGUCCUGAUCCUUCCACGUACAUGAUGGUGGCAAAGCGCAUAAAAGAGAUCUUUCAUGACGAAGGGAUUCAUGCAACUACCAUUCAGCCUGAGUUUGCCAGCGUUGGCUCUGAAUCAGGGAGAGGAAAAUGUGAGUUUCCGUGCAGGACUCAGUGUGCUUUGAAGCAGUGUUGCGGAACAGGAGAAGAUAGUACUGCAAAGAAGACAGAAAAAUCUUCGUCGCUUAGUAUCUCUUGUUCAGAAGUUGUCAUUGAAUUUCCAAAAACUAGGAGGACUAAGUCGGAGAGCAUCCCUUCAGUUAAGCUAGAGGCAAACGCUGAUCAAAAUGAGCAGUUUGAAUCAUCUUUGUAACUCCCUGAAUGGUGCUACCUGAGUUUUGGUGACUGACAACAGCUGUAUUGCAAGAGGAAGAGACAGACGUUUGAGAUGCAAUUUUGCCAAGUAGUGUAAUUGCUGAAGUCCUUGUUCUUGUCAUAUUGCUAAAUCUAGGAUGCUUGUUUUAAAGAACAUAAUGUCACUGUCAUGAUACAAUGUGUUUGUGUUGACUUUUACCGAGACAGACAGAAAGUGCACCAAUGCUGUAACAACUUCAGAAAACCAGUUUCAGCAUUUCAGCAGAGACACUUUUUGCUGUGCUUCAAAUUAAAAUAUUUUUUCCAGUGAAAAGGUAUUUGAGGGAUAAGCAUGUAGGAACUCAAUUUGUGUUACAGAUUUCUUGGACCUACUCUUUCCUUUAAUAUUUGAUUUGUAGAUAUUUUAAUAUAUUGUUUAUUUAGAAGCCCUAAGGAAACCAAAGCUCGUAGGACAUUUUUAAAGAUAUAACUACUUAAAACUGGAAACCACUUUGCAGUUUCACAUAUUUUUCUUAAAACUUAUAUAAUAAUAAAUGUGAAGGCUUUUCUAAUGAAUUUAUCAUAUAGCAUAUUUUAAAGAGAACAUCUUGUGAUUGUUAGAAACCAUCCUCACUUUUUCUGGUAAGGUAGCGAGGUAAUUAGAAUCAACUGCUUGUGAAAAUAUCAGAUGUGAAAGGGUUUUUUUUUCUAUCAGAAUGGAAGUUCAAGCUACUGUAUGCUGCUCUGUGAUCAAGACAUGAGACUGAGUGAUAAAGUAAUGCAUACUUUCAUAUUUUAUGAAUUUUCUGGUGUUUUUCCUCGUUUCCAAGUUGUGUCUGGUCAUAAAAGUCUUGGAAGUUUAAAGAAUCCUUGACUCACAGUGCUGUGAAUGAAGAGCUGGAGCUUCAUUUUUAACUAAUUCUCAGUUUACUAAGAUAAAAGAAUUAGUUAUGUCAAUAAGUGCUCUGGAGGGGACAGUGUGCCAGGCACCAACUGUAUAAGUCAUGCUUUUAAGCAUAGGUAGUAGCCUCCGUAGCAAGUAAUCCAGUGGUGCAUUUUGUUUGUAGUUGAGUGUGUCUGUACGCACUUGCAGUGACUGCAGUCCUGGUCCCUGCCAUGUCCUCAGGAGUCUUCUGCUGACUUUGCAGGAAGCGGGGCAGGGAGUAGGAUUUCAUUCACUGUAUUUCACACUUUGAGAUGUUUAUGUAUCACACAAUUUCACUUAUUAAGCAUCCAAAUCUGUGGUGUAAAGUGUCCCUCAGUUAAUUGACUACUGGCUCUAAAGAAGCUGUUACAGUAUGCUGCCAACUUACACCUUAGUAAAGGAGAAACUGGUCUAUGAACUGUGAAUUUGGCAGAGACUAGGUGAGAGGUGAAGAUAAAACACAAAAGAAAUCUAAUCUAAAACCCCUGACUCUUUCGAUCCACCUGCAAAGUUAUGGAUAGGAAGUAAUGUUUUGUGAUUUAAUUGACUACUCCUAUGCUUAAAACUGGAAAACAGCUGAGAUCGUCCAUUGUUUGAUCCAUGACUCUGGACAUGAUAAACACUCUGCCUCAGUUUCCCUGUCUUACAAUGGGGAUAAUACCUACCUCACAGGGGUGUUGUGAGGCUUAACUCUUGUGCAAAGAGCCCUGAGAUCUGUUACUGGGAGGCACUGGGAGGAGUAUAAGAUACUAAAUGACAUGGUAUUUGCUACUUCUACAAAUGUAUUGCAAUACCUAGGCACAACAGAGGGAACUGAGGAUAGAUUUGGCCUUAUGAAAUGCUUCAAUGCUGUGGUUUUCAGGUAUUUAACAGUAUUUAAAUGUAGAUUUUUUUAAAAAAAGAAUGUUUUGUUAGUGAAGGGAAUGUAGCUGUGCCUCAGGAUGCAGAACACCUCGCUAGUUUGCAUUUCUAAUGUGUCUCGUAUGAUAAUUGCUCCUAAGUAGUUCAAAAUAGUCUGCUGCUUGGUGGACCUGGGUUGGCCCAGGUCCUGUCAGUGGUCUUGCUCAACUUCUCAGCAGAGCAUUGCAGUCAACUCUCGAUCGUCCAUGGGUGGAUUACCAGUGUUGUGUAUUAACUGUGCCGUCCACAGGGCCAGACGAGCUCUGUAUCGUGUGCCAGCGCGCUGGCCAAAUGCUGCGUGCCAAAGCAUUGGAAAAGUAGAGGAGCUCAGUCCAGUUUCAUGUGAGCCCCCUCUCACAGGGUUUGUUAGCCUGGGUGCAGCGCAGUGCCGUGCAGUUGUUUUGCCUCGUGGCUGCUCAGAUGCAUCCUCAGGAAGCUGCGGGGUGUGGAUGGGUCGGUUCAGCUUUGCGCUAGCUUGGGGAUGUUGGUGCUUCGCAGCCAUCAGCAUCGCUCACCUUUUUUCUGUGUUUAUGCUUGUUGUAUAGUCUCAUAAACUAACUUAAAUAUGUUAAUAUAGUAUUUAUGUAUGUUUUUGUUUUGUCUGAAUUACCUUAACUGUUUCUUCUGUUACCUGUAUAUGAUCUAGAGUUGACUGUUAAAUGAGAUCUUGUAUGAGACUACAUUUGCAGAAUAUGCUACCACUGCUAGUAUACUACAAAGUAUUAACCAAGUAAAUUUUGAAAUGAACAAAGUACUUUUUUUUUCUUUUGAAAUGUGUAUCCUUGCUUAUUAUGGUAAACUUUCACUAAUUAUUUUGCUUACUAGUUUAAAAUUGGUCUCAGUCAUUAGUAUGAAUUGUUGAGGUCCUGCUGUACAUCACUAAUGCACCAUAGGACUGCUGCUCUUUAGUUUAAAAAAAACAAACAAAAAGCACCAAGACAAACCAUAGUAGCACUGAGAAGCCUGACUUCCUUCUCUCCUGUUGCUCUUACAAAAACAGAGCAACUAUUAAGUCUUGACAGUUGCCACCAUUGGUUAAGAGUCUCAGUAAAUGCAUCUGAAUAGAUGGAGUUGUAGUCACUAAUUCCAUUGUAACUAUUUAAUCUUUCUGUGUGUGUGCCAGAAGUCAUAUUUUUCUAUUUCUGUGUCCAUUGCAGGCAAUGGCUAGCUUAAAGAACAAAAAUCUCUCCCACACAUUAUUUUUAUUAUCAGGACAGGAUGCAGAUGUAACGACGAUGAUGAUGAUGGGGGCCAAAGGGGGAGUUGCAUGGCCUCUCUGUCAUGUGUUGUGUUUCAUGUGCAGCACCAGCUGGUGUUAACAGGGCCCUUUAGUCACUUUAGCCCUGGAUGGUAAAUCCCCUGGAAGCGUAUAGUCAGGUCAAGGUGGUGGCUGUACAGCAGCAGGAAAUCAAUUUUCGUGUUUGUUCUGGCUGUAUGAGACCCAACUGUAGCCUGCUAGCUUGCAAUAUAGCUUCAGUUUUUUUAACCUCUCUGUGGUUACACAGACUUGGUUUGUUCUGAAGAUCACAGUUCCAGAAUACUGGGAGCAUUCAAAAACACUGCGCAGUCUGUUGGGUUUUUUUUGUUGUUUUUUUUUUUUCCACAAAGCAUGAAACUAGUGAAUCUCAUGUAAGUGAACACUGCAGUGGUGGGGAGCUAAUUGUAUUGUGUAUCACAUUCCUGAAUUUUUAAAAUAAAAAAAUAUGGAACACCGAUUUUAAGGAAAACUAAGUUUGUAUUUCAGUGUCUGGAUUGUUUUUGCUUCUGAUUAAAUGUGUACCAAACAUCAUUGGGUGAAAUAUUUUACACUUAGUACAUGUCUCAUCCUGAAACAUAAUAUAUUGGAUCACUUCUUAGAUUAUAUCUGCACCCAAGGUGCAGUGCAGAACUAAUUCAGACACUCAGUGGGCUAGCCACAGUACCGUGAGGCUUUAUUUGUUAGCAGAGUAAAUUGCUUCUGUGGAAGCCCUUAUAAUUUUAGCUCGAUUGCUUUCAAAAUCCACUCUAGACUUUCAGUAAUAUCUGUUAUUGCUGCAUCAUGGUAUUUGGUACGGAUAUACACAUAGUUAUGUAAAAGACAAAACUAGCCCCGGCUUGUGACUCCUAAAAAGUCAUGGCAAGGCCUCAGUCCUGUAAAUUUCUGUAUUCAUGAAUAGUUUCAUCGGGCUGACGAGUAGUUACUUGCAUGCAAGGAAUUAUUGCAGGAGUGAGUCCAGAGCUUCUGCCAGUACAGCCUGGCUUUUGAAGAAAGAAUGAAAGUACCUGGAUUUUAUGGAUAUAUUAAAAUCAGGAGUACUGUGGUGUUUCUAAAUUUGCUGCAGAAAUACUCUCAGUUUGUUACAAUUUCAGGAUUUGUUCCUUUUUCCCAUUCUCCAAAAAGAAAGAAAAAAGCCCACUAAGUGUCCUAAGACUUAUUAACAAGUUUAGCUAAACUGAUAUUGCUGUUUGCUUCAGAAAUGGGGCCAUCUGAAUUUAUUAAACACUGCCUAGUGGAGUCUGGGGAGGAGGGAUAAAGAUUCUUGCCAUUCUCCUUCCCCUGCCCCCUGCUUUGACUGGGCUUUCUAAUCUCUUCAGCUAUGGAGAGACCGGGGGGACAGAGGGGGUGAAUUUUGUAGCUAGAUGUUCUGAGUUACAUGUGGAGGGCAAUGGGAAAUACUGCUAACUAUAUUUAAAAGCAUAUAAAUGUGCUCUGACUAUUUUAGUUUCAUAGCAUAGCAUCAGUUACGCCCUUUUUAGGUAUGCAUUUAAGUUGUUCAGCUCUGUAGUAACUUAGUUUUUUUCUUUCUCUGCUGGACCGAAAGAAGUAGAUGCUCCAUUUGCCUGAGCUAAAGCCAGUCUUGACAAUUUUCCAAAUCAAACGUGGCUUUGCUGAUAACAGGAGGUCCAAUUAUUCCUUAUGACCUUUGCUUUGUGUGGUUAGCUGCCUGUGAGAUACAGUACCAUGUUUUAGUAGGCUCAUGUUUAUAUUUUUUUGCAUUCAUGGUGUUAUCUAAGUAGUUGAAGAGUAAAACCACAAUACUGAAAAAUAUCUUUCAUCCAUGUCUCCAAAAAGCACAUGGCAUUAAUUUGGCUUCUUUUCUUUCACGUCCUGGAUCCUGUUUCUGAGCAAUGUUAAAAUACAAUCAGCAUAGCUAGUGUUCAUUGAUACUUCUUUUUGCCUUCUUUUAAA